ACUACACCCAGCUCAUUAAGCAUUGGACUUGCAUUUCCCUGAUGGACUCAUCUGCAAUGAAGAAGGGUAAAUGUCCAGGCUUCAGCAUUUCAGUAUUUGCCUCCUUCCUUCAAGAUGCACUGGGAAAGCAAGCAAUAGAGAGACUCUGUGAACAGGGAGAAGAUAGUAAAUGUGGAGACAGCCACAUCAUAGAUCCUCUUGUAAACAAGACAAGUUCUUCUGGAGUAAAACCAAGUGAACACCAUGUGUGUGAAUUCCUCAUUGCUCAUUCUUCCCUAACCAUGCUCCUGACAGCUCACACUGGACACAAAGCACAUGAGUAUCAGGACCAUGGAGAGAAGCCAUGUGAAUAUAAGGAACAUGGGAAAGCCUUUCAUUAUUGCCAAUAUUUUUAGAAGCAUGAAGGAACUCACACAGCAGAGACACCCUGUGUGUGUAAGCUCUGUGGAAAAGUCUUUCAUUGUCUCAGAUCCCUUCAAACACAUGGAAGAAGUCACAUGAGAGAGAAACCUCAUGUGUGUAAGCAAUGUGGAAAAGCCUUUAG